AUGGCACGAUUCCAGGGGACGGUGUUGUUGUUGUUGCUGCUGUUGUCUUCGUGGUCGAGAGUCGACGAGUGCGGGGCCGCGGAGUCGAACAUCCUGAGGCUGAGCAAGCCAAGGGCCACCCCGCCCACGGACAGCGGGGGCGAGGAGAAACAAGGGGGAGGCCGGGCCGAGUUCAGCAAGAACAACCCCGAGCUCGACUGGAAGACCCAGCUGAUGCGGGUGGCUGAGCAGGAGGAGCGGACGCGCCAGCAGGAGCUCGACCUCGACUUUACGCGCGACAAGCUCGAGAGGAAUCCCAACAGCGUCCAGUGGCUCGCCGACCUCUACGACCCCCUCAGGUGGACCAAGGUGCCGGGGAACGUGAGCAACGAGUGUCGCGCCGACCUCACGCUGUUCUUGGGGGACCUCCGCCUUGGACGGCUCUGGGCGGCCAAGCUGUCGGACGCGAGCGGCAGGUACUCGUCGCAGUACUACUUCGGGAACGGGUUCUGGCUGGGCUCCAGUACCCUGUGCCGGGAGCUCAACGGCACGGGGCUCCGGUCCUCGGUGCGCAGCUCCGGCCUCAACGACAGCUUGCCCUUCCUCGUCCAGUUCCACGUGGCCAGGAUGUUCUUCCGGCUGCCCAGCGACAUCGAGACAUCGACGAGGCAGGUGUUCAUCGGGCUGUGCCUGCCGAGCACGUGCGACCGCUCGUCCGUCAAGUCGCUGUUGCGGGCGUGCGCCGACAGGGUCGAGCGCCAAGGCGAGUCGACCCACCGCUCCGAGGGCCCCAAGAUACACAUCGUCCAGGUGAGGCGGGUCCCCUCCACCGACUACUCGCCCUGGGACGAUACCAAGUUCUACGCCCUCGCGGGCGUGAGCGGCGUGACGCUGUUCCUGAUGAUCUGCUCGACGAUCUACGAGUACCGGAGCGGGGCCCUGCGCUCGGAGGUGUGCUCGCGGGUCGACGUCGAGAGCUCGCUCAGCGCCUCGAACAACAACGACACGCGCCGUGGUUGCGACUACGCCGACAAGAACCUAUUCUCCAGUGAGGACGAGCAGGGGCGCAUCUCGUGCGCCCACCACCACCACAAGCACCACCACCACGUGACGGCGAGCGCCAACGGGCACAACCGGGACUCCAACGACAAGGAGCUCAUCGAGAAGAACGAAGCAGUCGCCGCCCUCAGGAAGGAGGACUCCCCUCCCAAGGGCAGAGGUAUCCUCCUGAAUUGCCUGCUGGCCUUCAGUCCCAUAGCUAACGGCAGCAAGAUCAUCAGCACCGAGCCCGCCGCCAAGAACAGCCUCACCUGCCUGCACGGGCUGAGGGUGCUCUCGCUCGGCUGGGUCAUCAUGGUCCACACUUACCUCCAGGUCUUCUCCAUCGCAGAGAACAAGAACCUGCGCACCGUCACCGAGCGGAACUUCAUGUUCCAGACGAUCAGCAACGCCACCUUCUCCGUCGACACGUUUUUCUUCAUCAGCGGCUUGCUGGUCACCAUCCUGUUCUACAGAUCAAUGGGCGGUCCACCGGGUGACAAGUCAAACGUGUCGAGAGCCAACACGAGCAAGUUUGUGAUCAUGGUGCUCUACAGAUUCAUCCGGCUGACGCCGUCUUACCUGUUUGUCCUCGGGAUCAACGUGGUGGCCAUGAAGUUCGCCAUGUCGACGACCGUCUUCUCGCCCCAGAUCAUCGAUCAUCACACGUGCGAGCAAUUCUGGUGGAGAAACGCCCUCUACGUGAAUUCUCUCUAUCCUCGCACUGAAAUGUGCAUGCUUUGGAGCUGGUACAUGGCGAACGACAUGCAGUUCUACGUCCUAGGGAUGUUUCUGCUGUUGCUGUCGGUCCGGUACUUCCGUGGCGUCGUGGUGACGAUCCUCGUCCUGACGGCAGCUUCCUGGUUGACCACCUUCGUCAUUGCCUACAGCAACGACUACGUCGCCAGGAUCCAGGAGCCAUUCGCGCUUUUCGACGAGCUCUACGACAAGCCCUGGCUGAGGGCCGGCCCGUACUUUAUCGGCAUGAUGGUCGGCUACCUCCUCUACAGGACCAACUGCACCAUCAAGACUUCCCACGUGUUUCAGUUGACCGGCUGGUUGGGCUCGGGUUUGGUGAUGUGCGUCCUGGUGUACGGACUGUACCCGGGCAACCUGAGCGUGACGGUGAGCUCGUUGUACGCGAGCCUCGGUCACACCGCGUGGGCCUGCGCCGUCGGCUUCAUCGUCGUCCAGUGCUGCUGCGGCGGCGCGCCCCUCGUCGAUCGGCUCCUCUCCCUCAGGAUAAUCUACCCCCUGUCGAGGCUCACCUACUGCGCCUACCUCGUACACCCCGUCAUCAUGAUGUACACGUCCACCCGCAUGGACGGCCCCCUACACCUUCACAAUGGCAUUGUCCUCAUUGUUUACUUUGGGAACUGCGUCGCCUCCUACCUCAUGUCUUUCUGCAUUUCCCUGGCUUUCGAGGCGCCCAUAGUUAAUUUGCUCAAGCUCGUCCUGUCCCCGAAAAAGCGAACGAGAUAA